AAAUCUGAAUACACCAACAUGGCAGCGUAUAUGUUAUCACUGUUAAGCCUGUUCAAAAGCCACAUAAUAUUAUUUCUGGUGAUCCAGGCGUCCAAGGCAACAUCAUCUUCCACUGAAAUGGUGAAAUUCGAUCAACUGAUGGAAAAGUUGAUGGCCUACGGUAACGUUCCUGGAGCUCAGUUGGCCUUAGCCAAAGAUGGUCACCUCAAAUAUUUCAAAGCUUUUGGAGUCGCCAAUCGACAAAAUGGCGAGUUGCUCACGACCCGCCACAUUAUGAGAUACAACAGCAUCUCCAAAUUCAUCACAGGAGUCGCCAUUCUCAAACUUGUUCAGGAAGGGCAGCUGAGUUUGGAGGACAAACCCUUUCUUUUUCUGGACAACCUCUCACCUCCAACAGGUGCUGUCGUCGACCCGCGAUUAUUCAACGUUACAAUACAACAUCUGCUACAGCACUGUGCUGGGUGGAACGACAGCUUACCGGGACGCAACGUUUUCAUACUUCCAGGGGCUCUGUACGCAUCGCACUCUCUGGGCCAAACUGCGCCUCCUACAGUCUAUGAUGUCAUUCGUUACAUGAAGGGCCUAGCGCUGGAUUUUGAUCCUGGGUCUGCCAUGUACUACUCUAAUUUGGGUUAUGCCGUUCUUGGAAGAGUCAUUGAGAAAGUCUCUGGAAUGAAAUAUGCGAAUUAUAUGCAGGAACAUAUUUUCAUUCCGUUGGGUCUCACGGGGCUGAGAAUGGCAGAAUCACCGGAAGAUCGUCUGGCACAAAAUGAGGUUCACUACCAUGGCUUUGACGGUGUCGACAACCUCCUGCUCUCCAUAUUUCCCGGCCAAGGUUACGUUAAUGGCAGCUACGGCAUCGUGGAUUACAGAAAUCUUGACUCGGCGGCGGGUUGGACGGGAAAUGCUGCGGACGCCGUUAGAUUUAUGGAUCAUAUUGACGGCCAUCGGCAGCCUGCGAUUCUAGAAGGGCAUAUGGUUAACAUGAUGCUGAAUGCUCCGAUGCCGUCGAACAGAAGUUUAAUAGAAGAUCGGUACUUCGACCAUUCGAGGGGACUGAAUGUUUAUGUGAGCGUGGGUAGAGAUGGAAAGAUCAAGAGUUUUCAGCAUGGCGGUGCAGGUGUUGGGGCCAUGUCUCUGGUCAUGAGAUUCGUUGAUAGCAACGUAACGUUCGCGUUUGUGUUGAACACUUGUCCUCUUGGAGAGUUUGUGUAUGAUGCGAUAGGUAACCUCACGCAUCUCGUUCACACUAUUAAGGAUUGGCCAAUUGACAUGUCUUUGUAAUUAGAAUAAUCCUUAAUGUCAUAGAGAAUAAGGUUGAGUGAUCCUUUAGGGCUGGCCCUACUAUUUAUAGGCAACCGCAUAUGAUAGUUGUGGAAAUUAAAUAAGAUUUUAAAGUUUACGAUUGAAAAUAAUAGUAUAUUUUGAUGUGAUUUGUGUAUAA